CCUCCCACCAUCCUCGAUAGUGACGCCAUGGCUUCACUUGGUUCGUCGCUGCACGCACGGCCGCUGCGAUUAAUCUCACCGUGCGAUCUCUUGCGACUGCCGCAUGGCUUGUCGCAUGCGGCGAUACCGUCGCGAAAGGGUUUCGCGAAAGGCUUUCAAACUGUCGCCCACGUCUCCGACUCCGCCGCUCCCGCCUAUUUCCAGCCUCCCACCGCUAUCCCAUCAAAUGAGCUCUCAUCGCUGGAACCAUACUUCUACUACAUGGGCAACAGGCGAGGCAUGGGCGCAUAUGGAGUGGAAUUCCGGGAGCCAGAGCACGGGCUGCAGGGGGUGAACGACUUGGCAGGGGUGGGGGUGUACGCGGCGAGGGACAUCGACAGCCGGCAGGGGGCGAAGGUGGUGCUGGAGGUGCCGCUGCCGCUCAUGCUCUCUGUGUCCCGCGACCCGCCCUGGAUGUUCCACCCUGACAUCGUGCCCAUGGGGCAUCCUGUCUACGAUGUGAUUGCUGCUGCUGAAGGCGAGGCCAACUGGGAUCUCCGCCUGGCCUGCCUUCUGCUCCUCGCCCUGCACUCAUCGCCCGCCUCUCGAGGUCGCGAGGAUGCCUACGGCUCAAAGCGGCCGCACUUUUUCACCGAAUAUGCCGACUUCCUGCCGUCUCCGCAAGACUGCCCCUCCCUGCUGCUCUCUUCAGAGGAGGAGCUGGCAGCCCUGCAGGACGAGGGGCUGGCAGUCGAGGCGCGGCGGCAGCAGGAGAGAGUGAAGGCGUUCUGGCACACGCACUGGGGGGCCGACUCAUCGCCCCAUCAGCUGCAGCGGCUGGCACCGAGUGAAGCGGACAUGCUGUGGGCGGUGGGCGUGGUGCAGAGCAGAGGGGGGGUGAGGCACACCCCCAUGGGCACAGUCAAGACUGACACCCACAUGCUGCUGCCCUAUGCUG